AUGAACAGCCUUGACCUCAAUUCUGAAUACAUGAAUCAUCUCUCCCCGCAAUACACUGAAGCAGCUGCUGCCGCCACCAAGAUGGAACUCACAGCCGUUGACCAACCCAUCAUGUACCAAGGAUCGCCACCAUUGUACUUGUCGUCAUCACCUGUACAAGCAGCUCCCAUGUUUUAUCAUGAUGGCCAAGUUGCUACUACUACUGCUGCUAGUGCACACCACCAACCUUUUGGUAGUCCCGAUUCGUUCAUGUCGGGUAUGUCGCCGCAGCAUAGCCCACUCUCGCAUCAUCCUGUAGAGCCACCCAUGUUGGUCGCGUCGUCCUCAUCUUCGACGACUGCAUCAUCCGCAUCAUCCAAUUCUUAUCUUAAUCAGACCCUUGCCAAGGCAUCGUCAUUGCCUGAAUCAUUUUAUCCCGAGUUUCUUCAAUAUUCCAAGGAAUCAUUUGAACAGCAGCAAUGUUCUGGUGGUAGCAACGCAGCUCCAAAGAACAAGAAGCGACGCUGCUUACAGCAACAACAGGAUGAAAACAAUGAUCAACAAGAUGAUCAAGAAGAAAACCAGCAACAAGCUGAAGAAAAUGAUACCGAUGAUGCCAACAUGACCACCGCCGAAAUGCGUCGUCAAAUCCAUAUCCAAUCCGAGCAAAAGCGUCGUGCUCAAAUCAAGGAUGGCUUUGAGGACUUGAGAAACGAAUUGCCCGCAUGUUUGAACAAGAAAAUGAGCAAAGUUGCUUUGUUGCAUCGAACUGUUCAACACAUUCAACAUCUCAAGAGCACACAAAUGACCAUCCUUGCUGAAUUGGAGCGGCUAGUGCAUGAAAAUGAGCAGCUUCGCAAGUUCCAACAAGGUGUAUUGCAGAAGCAAGCCUUGGAGAACAUGUACACCAUGGGUAAUAUGUAA